AUGUCAACGCCUAAUUCGUUUGACCCGACCCAGCAGCAACAGCCGCCGCUCCUUCCGGUAACCGAGCGGCAAGACUUCACUUCUCAUUCCCAUCAUGGGUCGGUCGGACCCGCGAUUGGAGCUCUGGCGGUGAUUAUGGUGUUGGCAGCAAUCGCAGUGGUGAUCGGAAGGCUUUGUUCUGGUCGGAAAAUUAUGGGUCACCGGCAGUACGACUUUGAAGGAUGGGUGGAGACGAAAUGCUCCUCCUGUAUCGACGGGAAGCUCGGCCCUCCUCCUCCUCCGCCGUGCGUGGCAGCGCCGGCUACAGUGGAGAGCAUCAGGAGCAACCUGUCGUCCAGUGAAGCACCAGCUGCUGCUGCUGCCGCCGCACGUGGCAGCGCCACCCAUGGUGAACCACACGAGGAAGAGAUCCACCACAAUUUGCGAGAGGCGUGA